GCCUCGCGGUCCGCGGCCAGCGCCAGCUGCCAGGAGCCACCCAAGGCACGCUGGCCCGGGAGGGAGAGGGCAGGGGUCUGGGGCAGAGGCGGCUUGGGGGCAUCGGCCUCGCCUCUGAGGCGCCGCAGCCGGAGCGCCUCCGUGCGGCCGAGGAGCGGGCCGCUCGCGCCGAGCAGCUGCUAGAGGCUGCGGUGGCGCGCGAGGCGGUGUCGGCCUCGGAGCGCCUCACGCUGCGGAAGCAGCUGGACGACGCAGAGCAGCUGGUUUCUGGCCUCUCCCAGCAGCUGGACAGUGUCCAGCAGGAGGUCGCUGAGCAAAGGCAGCGCUGCGAGGCUCUGGAGAAGCAGCUCCAGGAGGCCCGAGCUGUGCCGAACGCCUCCCCGGGCGAGGGCCAAGAUGUGGCCCUGGAGCUGAUGCAGCGCAUCGCGCAGCUCGAGGCCGCUCUCGGGAAGGACGGCAACUUCGACGCCACGGCACAAGUGGUGAGAUGA